UACAUUGAAAAGGGAUCACGAGAAAGAAAUGCUUCCAAUAGGAAUGCUGGCCAGUGGUUGUCAGUUUAGGACAUUCUUCACUGUCAAAUCCUGUUUCUCACUUCUUUGAUAUGAACAUCAGCUGACAGGCACUGAAUGCAAAGCCUUCUUCAUUGAGGUUUUAUGCAGGCAACAUAGCUCUUCAUAGCAAAGCAGUCUGAAAAAUUGGCACCUGCAGGAUUUGCAUGUGAAAAAAAAACGAGUCAGUUGCAUUUUACUGGAGUCUAUUACUGUAAGUUAUGUAAGUUCAGUGAGAAAAGCUAUUUAUUUGUUGCUGUUUGGGCAUUUCAGAGUUCUUUGUUUUAUGGACACCUUAUUCAUGUAGUGAUCCACAGAUUUUAUUGAUAGCAGAAGCAGGGAGAAGUGAUCUCUGGCUUUAUAGAAGUUAUUUAUUGUGGAGUGAAGUAAUCUUUAACCAUGUGCUUUCAGAGUGCACUUACAUUCAUAGUUAAUUUUUUAAAUGUGGCUUAAAAAUAAUGAACUCCUGCAACUUUCAGGUUAAUCUAUCAGAAGUUAAAUACAUAAAAUGAAAUGAACAUAAAUAUCCUUUGAAAGCAGUCUAGGACUUUAGGAGUUCUAUACUAACAAGUUAAAAUCUACCAGAAAAAAAAUUAAACCUUCCAUUUUUCUAAACUUGUAAAAAGCCCCUCCUGCCGACACUUGGUAAAUUGUCUCCAAAGUGCCUUUUAAACAUACCAUAUUUGACCCCAUUUAUUUAAAAAUAUCAUAUUUGACCCCAGAAUAAUGAACAAAUGUUAAAUCUACUAAAGCAGCUUUGUGAACCUGGUAUUAUCCAUCACUUAGAACAUUUUAUCCAGAAUAAGUUAUUGUUACCAAAAGAGACACCUUCCAACUUCACUUUUUUAUAGCCAUUAAUAUAAGGGUUCCUAAAUAAUGUUUAAAGAACAGUGAACAUUUUAUUAAAGCAAACAUUAGUUCAGUUUAAUGGAGGUAAUUGUAAGUGAUAAGACAGAGCAGGUUAUCUCUGUGUUGUUUAAACAGAAGGAGCUACUUUGCACCAUUUCCAGUAGCCAUCUGUAGAAGAGAAGGGUUUGCACCUGUCUGUCCACACUAAUUAUAGAUUAGGGCCAAAGAAAUGAAAUUCGAGAAGGUUUUCAGCUAAUGAAAUCCAUACUGAUUUUAUUGUAAAUGUGUUUUAUGUAAAGAGGGUGAUGGUUGAGUUAUGAGUGAAUAAAUCGGUGUGUAGCUGUUAGGCACUUGGUUUUGAAGCACAAUUCUGCUGCAUUAACCUUUGAUAUUAAAAAAAAAAAAAAGAGAGAGACCAACAACUUAGACAUGGAUGCUAGCCUUUGUUUGGCAUCCAUAGCUACAAUUUAGUGAGCAGCAGUGAGGUUCAGUGUGCAAUUGAAAAAUGUGCUGUAAAGCAGCUUAAAUGUUAAGAAUAUUCUAAUAUUUUAAAGUACAGAUGAAGUAGAAGGUAGGUUUUGUUUUAACUUAGGCACAUAAAACAUGAGAAAAUUAGAAAGCUUUUUUCUUUUUUUGUGCAUUUCAGUUUCAUGUCCAUGAGAAAUUAAAGCAAAACGAGUGAGGAAUGCAUUCUGCAAUAAAAGGUCACAUGAAUGUCUACCACAUCUGUUUAUAGUAAUUAUGAACAUAAUUAACAUAAGAAUUACAAAUGAAAUAAUGACAAGCUGAGCAAUGAGAUAUUAUGCCAUAAUGGUCAUAUGUUGGAAUUCUCACAUUAUAGCACACUAGAAUUCACAUACUCAAAGAAAGAAAGAAAAUGCUAGAUUUUUAUCUGAAUUAAUGCUUCAAAACUUAUCUGCCAGGGGCAGAUGGACUUCUUGCUUUUAUAGGAAGGUAACCUAUUAUUAAGAAAAGAACUAGUUGAAAUUAAGAUUUCUAGUCUCCAGCUUGGACUUUAAGACAGCUGUGAUUAUAGAAACCACUUUCUGUUGUACACUUAUUCUGUGAUUAUACUUCUUGAUUAUUAUAUUGCGCUUUUUUUUUUUUUUUUUUAAAUUGAAAGCUUUGCAGCAAAGUGUUUGCUUUGGAAGAGAGUCAUGGAUUCUUCCCAUUUGAGAAUUGGUUGAUCUUUUCUAGAACUGUGAGCCAAAAGUCAAUGAACAAACAAGGUAGUAAUAGAAAUACUGUGCUUUUAUAAAAUAAGAACAUUGACAGAUUAGCUUUUGCACAGUUUUCUUCAUGCCUUUAAUGUUUGAAUGCUUUUAAAAGAAAAUGUAAACCUUUUCUGGGUUUGAAAGUAGUAGUGCAUUGUUUUGUUUUUUUAAAUAGCGUUUUUUUCCCCCCAAAAAGCAUGUAAUGGAAAAAUCAGUAAGCAUUUGUAAGUUGUAUUUUUUUCUUCCUAGAGUUGUGUUGGAUUUACAGGCAUUUACAUGUAGUGUCUGUCCAAAUUGAUCUAACUGAAAUGUAAUAAAGAGAAAGGUAUGUGUGAUUGCAUCUGGUUAUUCUGAAUGCAGUUUUCUAUAACAGCUAGAGAAAAGGUGAAAGGUGAGCUUUUAUGAGAGCUAAAAUGAUACUCCAGAAAUCCGUUAUUAAAUUUAAAACAUGUUAGAAUGGCCGAUUUUCACCCAUUUAAAGUUCACUUGAUGUUGUAAUGUGCCCUGCCAAAUGGCUUACUGCCUACCCUUGCACCCCUCUCUCUCUAUUGAACCUGGCCACUUUUUGAAGAUUUAUGGAAAAAUAUUACCUUGUUCUCGUCUCAGUGAUACCAUGAGGUUUUCCAUGUUAUUGGAUUACUGGAGGAUUGUGGCAGACCCCUUUUUAUCUGACAUUCAUUGCAUGACAAGAUUUUUCACACAUGCCCUUCCCCCACCUAGGUCCAGCUUAUUUUCACUCUGUCUUACCUAUCAAAUAUUUCUGAAUUCUCCUCUAGGCAUAGGAGCAUGGGGCUGGGGCUGGGGGGGUGGGGAGGCCACCACCCAUGCAGAUGUUUUUUGGUUAAGUGUUUUGGAGGGGGGUGCUCGAUUAAACAAUGCCUCUCAUCAAAUUUGCCUCUAAGAGACUCUCCCUUUUCUUUUUCUCUAUUAACUAGCCUACCGUUCCCUCUCCUCUACCAUUUUGUCCCUUAACUAAGACCUAUGCAUACACUGUGUUAUAACCCAGAGUGUCACUGCAGCUGGGGCUACAGUGUAUGUCAUCAACAGUUAUGCAGUUUAUUGGCUACUUCGUUCUGAACUUGCUCUUCAUACUGCAUGAGAGCUCCUUAACCAAGCUUCAGUGCCUUGAAAUGCAACACAACCAAAUACUCCCCCUUCCCCCAAUAAAAUAACCUUCUUUGCUGCAUUAUCUGCACUCCAUUAAGGAUCUGAUCAGAUGUUCAGAUUGUCUGAUGGGCGUAUUUAAAAGUGAAAAGGGGCUCCCAGGGGACUACUCAGGUGUAUCUCCCUCCUGACCCUGAUGGGGUGGAGGAUGAACUCUGGUCUGACGGAGGAGCAUUAGCCCUUGCUUGUUUUCUGAUUGAUUCUUGGGCGCUGGGUGGGUGAGGAGCUGUGAAGCAGCGCAGGCCGAGAUUGAUUGCCUCGAUUUCAAAUUCCCACCUCCAAAAUAGACUCUCAGAUGUACACAUAGGGAACCCCCUCCCCCCCCCCCCACAAUUUCUGGAGGUGGAGCAGGUGUCUAGGAGUCACCUGUAGCUACCAAUCACAAGUGGUCCUUCUUAUCACCGUGAUGCUGGCAGCACAAGUCUUCUGCUGGGACACUCUCAAGCCCAGGGCAAGAGAUUUUCUGUCUGUUGCUGUGGGUUUGGGGGGGGGGGUGGAAUUUCGCGGUAUUGGGGCCAAGGAAGAGAGGGACAAGAACUUCCACUCGUGGUUGGUCUGGAAGGCUGCUUAACAGCUGUGAGGGCUCAAAUAGGUUUGUUUUGCAAAUUGUGGCAAUUGGGCUGGAGGUGAGAUGGUGAAUGUCUCAUUGUUAUGCUCUGCCAAAAAAGGAGCUCUUGAUCCCUUCUGACCUUGACAGGACCUCCAAAAUGUUCAGUCUGGCCCUGGAACAGGGAAAUGCAGUUGGCUAGUCCGGAUUCCUUCCCUUUUCUUGGAGGAGGGGCAGUUUGGGGGAUAUAAGCAAACCCCCCACCCCCCCGGCUGUCACCCUCCGCCCCCUUUGGGGUCCCUCGCGCCCACUUGCUGCCCCCAUCAUGGGGCCCGAGCCCCCACCUCCACCAUCCCUUUCGGUUUCUUCCCUCCAGCCUGUGCCUCUUCCCUCUCCCUCUCUCCCUCUCUCUCCCACUUUUCCUCCCUCUCGCGCUCCGUCUCACACGCACCCUCUGUUUAUUUUCCUGCCUCCAUCUGGGCCCUGCUGAUAUUGUAAUCACCCUGAUGCACGUUGGCUUCUCUCCUCUCCCUCCUGCGCUCACACACUCACUCACACACAAUGUGCCAUCCUGACAAGCCUUUUACUUCUGAUAAGCUCCGAUGUGUGUUUAAUGAAUACAAAGCCGCGGUCUGGGUGCCGCCUCGGCUGCGGCCGCUCUCCUGCGCUCCUUUGCCAGAAGAUCGGACUGAGAAGCACUCCACGAUGCCAGACUCACCUGUGGAUGUGAAGACCCCAUCCAGGCUGACUCCUCCCACCAUGCCACCUCCCCCCACAACUCAAGGAGCUCCAAGAACCAGUUCAUUUACGCCGACGACUUUAACUAAUGGCACGAGCCAUUCACCCACAGCCUUGAAUGGCGCCCCCUCGCCGCCCAAUGGCUUUAGCAAUGGGCCUUCCUCCUCUUCCUCUUCUUCUCUGGCUAAUCAACAGCUGCCCCCAGCCUGUGGCGCCAGGCAGCUCAGUAAGCUGAAACGGUUCCUUACUACCCUGCAGCAGUUUGGCAAUGACAUUUCUCCAGAGAUAGGAGAGAGAGUCCGCACCCUCGUACUAGGACUGGUGAACUCUACUUUGACAAUUGAAGAAUUUCAUUCCAAACUGCAAGAAGCUACUAACUUCCCACUGCGACCUUUUGUCAUCCCAUUUCUGAAGGCCAACUUGCCCCUGCUGCAGCGCGAGCUCCUCCACUGCGCAAGGCUGGCCAAACAGAACCCUGCCCAGUACCUCGCCCAGCAUGAACAGCUGCUUCUGGACGCCAGCACCACCUCACCUGUUGACUCCUCAGAGCUGCUUCUCGAUGUGAACGAAAACGGGAAGAGGCGAACUCCAGACAGAACCAAAGAAAAUGGCUUUGACAGAGAGCCUUUGCACUCAGAACAUCCAAGCAAGCGACCAUGCACUAUUAGCCCAGGCCAGCGGUACAGUCCAAAUAACGGCUUAUCCUACCAGCCCAAUGGCCUGCCUCACCCCACCCCACCUCCACCUCAGCAUUACCGUUUGGAUGAUAUGGCCAUUGCCCACCACUACAGGGACUCCUAUCGACACCCCAGCCACAGGGACCUCAGGGACAGAAACAGACCUAUGGGGUUGCAUGGCACACGUCAAGAAGAAAUGAUUGAUCACAGACUAACAGACAGAGAAUGGGCAGAGGAAUGGAAACAUCUUGACCAUCUGUUGAACUGCAUCAUGGACAUGGUGGAGAAGACACGGCGGUCCCUCACCGUGCUGCGGCGGUGUCAGGAGGCCGACCGCGAGGAGCUGAAUUACUGGAUCCGGCGCUACAGCGACGCUGAGGACUUGAAGAAAGGCGGCGGCGGCGGUGGCGGCCACUCCCGGCAGCAGAGCCCCGUCAACCCGGACCCGGUGGCGCUAGAUGCGCAUCGGGAAUUCCUUCACAGGCCUGCUUCUGGAUACGUGCCAGAGGAGAUCUGGAAGAAAGCUGAGGAGGCGGUCAACGAGGUGAAGCGCCAGGCGAUGACCGAGCUGCAGAAGGCGGUGUCGGAGGCCGAGCGGAAAGCCCAUGACAUGAUCACGACCGAACGCGCCAAGAUGGAGCGCACGGUGGCGGAGGCCAAGCGGCAGGCGGCGGAGGACGCGCUGGCCGUCAUCAAUCAGCAGGAGGAUUCGAGCGAGAGUUGCUGGAACUGCGGCCGCAAAGCAAGCGAAACCUGCAGCGGCUGUAACACAGCCCGGUACUGUGGCUCAUUUUGCCAGCACAAAGACUGGGAGAAGCACCACCACAUCUGCGGACAGACCCUGCAGGCCCAGCAGCAGGGGGACACGCCCGCGGUCAGCUCCUCCGUCACUCCCAACAGUGGGGCCGGGAGCCCCAUGGACACACCACCAGCAGCCACCCCGAGGUCGACCACCCCGGGGACCCCUUCUACCAUAGAGACAACCCCUCGCUAG